UGGAUUCCCUGGACAUACUGAUCCUCUCCACGGACCAUGAAGCUUAGGCUGGGCCUUAGCCUGUUUCUGGCUGGCCUCCUCACUGCACAAAGUCUUCAGCAGCCCAACUUCUCUUCAAACCACCAAGGAGACCAGGGCCAAGAUCUCGAGUUAAAGGCAAAGAGAAAUGCCCAGGAACUGGGCUGGCGCAAUAUGGAGUUCGGCUUCAAGCUACUCAAGAAGCUGGCUUACAGAAACCCUAGGCAGAACAUCUUCUUCUCCCCACUAAGCAUCUCCACCGCCUUCUCUAUGCUGUCCCUGGGGGCUCAGGACUCCACGCUGGCUGAGAUAAAGCGGGGCCUGAGCUUCCGGGACAUGGCGGACAGGGACCUGCAUGAGGGCUUCCGCUACCUCCUCAAAAGGCUAAACCAGCAGAAGAAGAAUGUCCAGCUGGACCUCGGCAACGCCCUGUUCAUCGACAGGAAGCUGAAGGCCCAGAGAAACUUCCUGAGAGCCGCCAAGGGCGUGUACAAUGCAGAAAUGUUGGCCACCAGCUUCCAGAACUUGAAAGAAACUCGGAGGCAGAUCAAUGGCUAUAUCAGUCAGAAAACUCACGGGAAAAUCCACAACCUGGUCAGGAGUAUAGACCCGGGAACAGUCAUGCUUCUUGCAAACUACAUUUUCUUUCAAGCCAGGUGGAAAUAUGAAUUUGACCCCAAAAAAACGAAAGAAGAGGAUUUCUUCGUGGAAGGGAGGAAGACGGUGAGGGUGCCCAUGAUGUUCCGUUCGGGCAUGUAUGACUUUGCCUACGACGAGCAGCUCGCCUGCACCAUCCUGGAGAUGCCGUACAACGGGAACAUCACCGUCACCUUCAUCCUCCCCGACAACGGCAAGAUGGAGAGACUGGAAGAGGGCCUGAAGGUGGACAUCUUCAGCAAAUGGAAGAGUUUGCUUGCAAAAAGGGUGGUGGAUGUGUUCGUGCCCAGGCUGCACCUCUCUGGGACCUACAACUUGAAGAAGACUCUGUCCGAACUGGGCAUCAGCAAAGUCUUCGAGGAGCAUGGAGACCUCACCAGGAUCUCCCCGUACCGCAGCCUGAAGGUGGGCGAGGCCGUGCACAAGGCUGAGCUGAAGAUGGACGAGAAGGGUACAGAGGGGGCUGCAGGCUCUGGAGUACAGACGCUGCCUAUGGAGAAGCCUGAAAAAGUCAGGAUGAACAGACCUUAUGUGCUACUGAUCUAUGAGAAUAUCACCCCCUCCUUGAUCUUCCUGGGAAAGAUUGUUGACCCCAGACACUAAUAAAGGGGAAA